CUUAUUAAAACCAAUCUGUCAUUUUCUUCCCUUCUCUCUCCAUCGCCAUAACUAUCUCCUGGGCUUCCACGAUAACUCAUUUAAGGUUGCUUAGCUUUAAUUUGCUUUUCCCCAGAGAACAACUUUGUCAUUAUAUUCCCAGAUAUAUAGUUUAACUUCUUGAGAGAGCUGAAAUGGGAACACUAAGACUGCGUUUGGCUCUGGGGUUUGCCAUAGUUUUAUGCAGUUUCUUCUUCAUGUUCCAUGUUCAUGGACAAGAUCACCAUGAUCAGAUUAGAAAAAUUCAGAAUUUUCGUGAUUCUCUUGUCCAAACAGGCCCCAUCCCUCCUUCUACCAGCCCAGAUUCUCCAUUGCCAAGACCUACACAAGCUCCAACUCCAUCUGUCGUUGGAUCUUCUCAACCAAGUGUGUAUCAGGUGACAUCGUACGGUGCAGAUCCGACCGGAAAAGAGGAUAGUACUGAGGCGGUGAUGAAUGCGAUUACAGACGCUCUUAAUGGCCCCAGUGAUGGGUUCUUGUUUUCCGGCAUUCAGAAUCUCGGCGGCGCACGAGUUGAUCUUGAAGGUGGGACUUACGUCAUUUCCCGGCCGCUGCAGUUUCCGGUGGCCGGCCGCGGCAAUCUCAUGAUUCAUGGUGGAACAUUAAAGGCGUCGGACAUUUUCCCGGGGGACAAAUAUAUCAUCGAUUUAACGGCGGCCUCCGGCGGCGGUCCGGCGUAUAGUUUUGAGUUUAUAACCUUCAGAGACCUAUUGUUGAACUCUAAUUUCAGGGGAGGAGGGAUUCAUGUAGAGAACUCACUAAGAAUCAGCAUCGAUAAUUGUUACAUUACCCAUUUCACCACAAAUGGCAUUUUGGUCAAAAGCGGCCACGAAACCUACAUCAGAAACACCUUCCUCGGCCAGCACAUCACCGCCGGCGGCGAUCCCGGCGAGCGGAGUUUCUCCGGCACGGCCAUAAAUUUAAUGGGGAACGAUAACGCCCUCACGGACGUGGUGAUCUUCUCGGCCCAAAUCGGGGUCAUGAUUUCCGGCCAAGCUAACCUCCUCUCCGGCGUGCAUUGCUACAACAAAGCCACCGGGUUCGGCGGCACCGGAAUCUACGUAAAACUCCCCGGCAAAACUCAGACGAGGAUCGUGAAUUCUUACAUGGAUUACACCGGAAUCGUCGCCGAGGAUCCCGUCCAAUUCCACAUCUCCAACACCUUUUUCCUCGGCGACGCCUCCGUCGUACUAAAAUCCGUGAACGGGAUCAUCGGCGGCGUCAACAUCGUCGACAACAUGUUUUCCGGCUCCGGCAAGGGGAUCGACAUCGUGAAAUUGGACCAGAAAAACAAGGCGUUCACGGCGAUUGAUGACGUCGUCGUGGAUAGAAACAACGUACGAGGGAUGAAGCUCAGAUCCACCGUUGGUCGAGGGAGCGUUCAAGGAAACGGAACGAAAUGGACCAUCGAUCUUAGCCCGGUUCUUCUCUUCCCUAAUUUUGUUAACCACGUUCAGUACAGUUUUAGUUCGAGUGGAAACUCGUUUCCCAAACACGCGCUGAGAAGCACGUCGGACAACCGAGUUGUGAUUGAGUCCGACGUGGAAGUGGCGGCGGAGGUUUACGUCACGGUUGAUCAGAGCAAGUCUUGAUCUAAGAUUCUAAAGUGACGCUUAAGUUUUAGUGUAAGGCAAAAUUGUGUAUAACUUCAAAGUAUACAUUCUUUGGAAAGACAAGAAAAUGUUUAAAGAGUUCUUUGGAACCUUUAUUUCCAAUCAAGAAGUGUACUCCAAAUUCCAAAGUGUAAAUUUGGAAACGGUUACAUACCGUUCUAAUAAAAUAUUUUAUGGAGGGUUGGUAGUUA